GGGUGUGGGCUGGCUGAAGGCGAAUUCCAGGCCUGGUGGCUGAACCGCCGUGGCUCAGAGUCCCUCGGCUAGCUGCAGGGAGAGGUGAAGCACGGAUCCGACUGGAGGAUCAGCCGCGAACAGAAGCGCUGCAUUUCAUCUCAGUUACUUAUGGCUUCCCCUAAAAUUGCUUCCCUCUCUUGGGGACAAAUGAAAGUGCAAGGCUCUACCUUAACCUAUAAGGAUUGCAAAGUAUGGCCAGGAGGCAGUCGGGCUUGGGACUGGAGAGAAACAGGAACCGAGCAUUCUCCUGGGGUGCAGCCAGCGGAUGUAAAGGAAGUUGCUGAGAAGGGUGUACAGACUCUUGUGAUUGGCAGAGGAAUGAGUGAGGCCUUGAAGGUGCCUCCGUCAACUGUGGAGUACCUCGAGAAGCAAGGCAUUGAUGUGCGGGUCCUCCAGACAGAGCAGGCAGUGAAGGAGUAUAAUGCCUUGGUUGCCCAAGGGGUCAGGGUAGGAGGUGUCUUCCAUUCCACCUGCUGAUGGUGUCUACAGAGAAGAAUAGAUCAGACCACAAAGCCUUGGCUGUCUUACCAGUCUCCACAUUAGCCUCCACUGUGUAUUUUGGACAUAUGUUCAUGUUCUUGGGACAGAUUGAUGGGAGGCUAAAGCAGAGGUUUUGCUCUCCAGGUUGCUUAAAUCAGAAAAGAGAGAGAUUUGCUGACAUUUAAUAUUGUGCUAUGUGUUAGGUUCAAAGUAUGAGAAACUUGAUACAAAAAUAAAGGUUGAAACUUGAAGGCCAAAGAGAAAGUUGAGAGCAUUAGAGAUCUCACCACAGUUCAUGCUUUGGACCCUUUAUCCAUUACUUCAACUAUUUUUUUGGUGACAGAAGAUGGGGCAUUUGAGACC